AACGCGCCGGAUCCAGAUGAAGACGAUCUUGACGACCUUGACGAUGUCCUCGAUUCCUUCCAAGCCACAUCUAUCUCCCCUGCUCCCCCCACAGCCAACACAACAUCAUCCUCUGCACCCACAGCAUCCGGACCCGGCAGACCCACGACAACCGAGUCCAAAGAUGCCUCUGCUCCGAUCGUCGACAAUCCAGCCUUCGCCGAACAACUCCAAGCCAGCAUGGCAAACCUCAUGUCCGAGCUCGAUUCCAACCCUAACAUGCAAGCCGAGUUCGAAAAGAUGAUGCAAGAACUCAUCGGCGCCGGAGCCGCAGGCAGCGAUCCAGAAGCCGCCGACCAGAUGAGCAAAGCAGUCGAAGCACUAUCUCAACCUCCCGCCGCACCAUCCACCUCAAAACCUACAGCCUCCUCGACGAAAAAGGACACCCCUGAAGACUUCCAAUCCACCAUCCGCCGCACAAUGGAACGCAUGCAAGCCUCCGACAGCACAGCCAAAGCCUCCACUGCCUCCGCCUCCGGUCCUCAAUCCGAAGAAGAUCUCCUCGCACAAAUGAUGAAAGAGCUCACCGAGGGUGGAAUGGGUGGAGCGGGCGGGGAGGAAGGCGACUUCAAUAGCAUGCUUAUGAACAUGAUGGCGCACUUGACGAAUAAAGAGAUUCUAUACGAGCCGAUGAAGGAGCUUCAUGACAAUUUCCCAGCGUGGAUGGAGAAGAAUGCGGAGAGGGAGAAGAAGGAGGAUUUGGAGCGGUAUAAGGAGCAGCAGAAGUUGGUGGGCGAGAUUGUGGGGAGGUUUGAGAGGAAGGGGUACAGUGAUGAUAAUGAGGAUGAUCGGGAGUAUAUUGUGGAGAGGAUGCAGAAGAUGCAAGCAGCCGGAUCUCCACCACCGGAUCUCGUGGGGGACAUGAGUGCCGCGCAAGAAGCGCUGGGCGACAUAGAUCAAGGCUGUCCGACGCAGUGA